CGUGGUCGCGUAAUAAUGGACUGCUGAUCACAACUACAUAGUAGGGCUCUUCUGUUUUCUUCUUUAUAAAACCUCUGUUGCUUUCAAACUUCAAAGUGCAUGAUAUUCACUUUUCUGAUCAACCCAAGAAAGUAAAGUACCUAUGGGCGGCGACACAACAAUCUCCCCUCCUCUUUCUUCUUCAGAUGAAGAAUCUUUGUUGGAACAAGAACUUCAAGACUACCCUUUUGAACCAUCUGCUUCACUUAGAAGAGAUAAUUUAAGUUUGAAGGGAGAUGAUGGUUCGGUGAGGGCAGAAAAGGGUUUGAUGCUCAAGAAAUUUAAUGAUGUGGGUAUUCAAGUGUCUAGGGAUUCUUUGUACUUCACAGCUAAACAAAAGCAGGCACACCACGCUUACAUAUAUAGUGAAGUUUUAUGGAGUUAUGAUGAAUUGCAGUGUCGAACUAAGAGUUUGGAGGCGGCCAAGUUAAGAAUUUUGAGAUACAAACCUGGAACAUGGACUGAGAAGGUGGGUGGUAUGGAAUUGAGGGAUUACAUUGUACCAAAGACGGCUACACUUUUACUGGUUGGCCCAGAAAGAUCUGGAAAAAGCAGUCUUGUCAAUAGAAUUUUAAGGGCAUUCGACGAUGAUAAGUUUUCCCCAGAAAGGGCUCAAGUAUCAUAUAAUUGUAAUGAUGGAGAUGGAACAUACUUCCUUCAGGAGAAUAUGGUCCUGAGAGGUUCAUCUUCUUUUUGCUUAUAUGACACACGUAGUUUGUCUGAUAAUGAAUCUGAAAAUACAGACAUUCUAAAUCAAUGGAUGACUGAGGGUGUCCGUCAUGGAGAACUUGUUAUUAGGAAUUCUGAUGGUCCUGAAUUGAGAAACAAAUUGAAUUGUAAAUCUCAUCAGAAUCUGCAUUGCUCCAGUAAGACCAGGACGGUUAAUUUUGUCAUAUUUGUUGUUAGUGGCCUUUCUGUUCUGAAUUGCAUGGACAAUGGCGAUGAAGAUGAUGGGUACAACAAGAUGAUUGCCACAAUGUUCAAGUGUCCAUUCUUGUCCUUUAAAGAUGAUAAACCUGUUGUUGUGGUCACACAUGGUGAUCUACUUUCAUUAUCUGAUCGUGCACGUGUUCGUGUACAUUUGGGAGAACUGCUGGGUGUACAUCCAAAGAAACAAAUAUUCGACAUCCCAGUUGCAGAAGAUUGUGACCCAGCAACUGAUUUGACAAUUAUUGAACUUUUACGCUAUUCCCUCGAGCAUGCUGAUAGGAAUCUUCCCAACAAAGCCCGGUCUAUUGGCAAGAUUCACAAGGUAUGGCAACCAAUAUCUUUAAUUAUGGUGCUUAUUCUGGGCAUUGCAAUAAUUUCAGCCCUUGUCCAUAAUGCUUAUGUCUGUAAUGGUCACAAGCUCCAUGCCCCCCACACAAAUGCUCCUAUCGGCAGAAACGCCAAUAAUGCCUCUAAAGCAGAUAGUCUUGGUAUUAAAACAGUGCAUACUCCCGAGGCAGAUGCUGCUACUGGUACUGGUUGGACUGCAGAAAAUUUCUCCCUGGUGAAUCCAUCUGAUAUGGACACAAAGCAUGGGUGCAGAACAAAAUCAUCAUACCUGCCUCAAAAAGAAGCUACAGCAUCUCCAAGCACAAAUGACGUCCCUACUAAAGAUGCUCCUACUGGUAGAAAUGCAGAUAAUCUCCCGCAAGCAGUUGAUCCUUCUGGUAUGAACAUAAUGCUCGAGCACAAAAGAAAAUCAGCGCGCUUGCCACCAAAAGAAACUACAAUAGACGUCCCUGCAAAAGACGCUCCUGGUAGAAAUGCAGAUAACUCUCCUCAAGCGGAUAAUCAUGCUGGUAUGAAAAGAAAGCUUGAACGCAGAACAAAAUCAUCACACUCAACUCAGAAAGGAGCAACAGUAUAUUCCAGCAAAACAGUAUCGUCGAGCUUACCUGAAGAAUCCGCUCAAGAGGAUUGGAAUAGAUUUAGACUGUGGUUAGAUUUAGACUAGAUAGCAAGACUGGUCGAACAGGUAACAAUUAAAUAAAAUAAUAUUGUUACUAAAGUAAUAUUGUCUUUAUAGCAAGAUGAUUCAAAUUUACAACUUAUACAAAUCAUUAUUAUCGUUGCAUAUGAUUAAAAUAA